CGCGAUCGGAGGAAGAGGCACAAGUUUUCGCAAUAUAGGACUGCCCAAUUUCCCGAACACGCUCAGAGAUGUCUCUGCGUGAGUCCAGACACACCCCCUGUCUCCCUGUGACAGGAGUGGCCUGGGCCUCAAAUGGCAGCACCUGCCCAAGGAACUUCACAUUGAUCAGUGCGACCCACGAUGGCUCGACGGCCAACUUUGUCCGUGGGUUUGGGAUGAAGUCAGGAUAUUUCCUGUGCUACAGCACAAACGCAGUGGAAGGGAAGGUGGUGUCGGACAUCCAGGUGAUCUCGGACAAGGAGCCCAUCCCUCACGGGUAUUCCUACAUACCUGAGUACCUGGAGCCCAAGGCCUCUGUGUGGAAGAAGAAGCGUGUGUGCGCUCGUAUCGUUCCUCUGGACAGUGCGGAGUCGGCUGUGCUGGACAUCAAGCUGACCGCCAAGAGCAAAGUGGUUCUGCAACACUAUACCUGCCUGGGAGAUAUCCAUGGUUACGUGCUUUGGUGUAAGAAGGGUCCUUUCUCCAAACCCACGCCGCAGGCCAAACCCCGCAGCAUUAGCCUGGAUAUCCGAAAGCUUUCCCUGGAUGAGCCAUCGCCGCCAUGUCCCCUCAGACCCAGUAACGGUCCUCUUGUGCCACUGGGUGUGAAACUUAGUCAUCGCCGUAGUAACCUGGAUAACAAAGCCUCUGUGGAGGGCGUCCAUGAAAGCAUCAGCAUGUACAGCAUUACAGCCAUUGAUGGAAUCCCCUUUGUCCUGGACCCUAAAUUUGAGGCACCACCCCAUGGCACGGUACCUUCAGACACUCUGAGCAACAUUCGUAUAAAGUCAAUACAAGAUAUCGAGAAUGAAUAUAACUACACCUUCGCAGUGGAGGAGAGAGCUGCCAGAAGAGCUCCGCUCAGGACCUCCCUCUCCUCCCCUCUCCCCUCCCCUUACCCCCUCUCCUCUCCCCUCACCCAGUGACCGGUUGGGGUUGGGAUUAGGGGUGUGUAGGAUUGCCCUGGGUCAGUCGUUGGGGCAAAAAGGUACUCAAAGAUCCAAGCUCCCCCUAACAGCUAUAUGCAUGCAUACACUGCACUCAUAUAUAAACUACACUGGCAGCCCCACAGAAAUGCUAGAAAUACUGAGUAUUCAUACAUGCAGAAAUCAAUUGUUUUCACUCUUCUUUUGAUUAUUGUGUUAUGUAUCAUUAAACCUCUUUUUAA